AAAACUUUGAUUUUGUUUUCCAUGGAUUACAACAGUCAGUGGCAACAACCGCCGGCACCGGCGAUACAGCCACCGGAAAUGAAUCAGUCGACGGCGGUUGAUGCGUAUUACGCUUCCUAUUAUGGUUACUACGCAAAUCCAAACCCUAGUUCCAUCUCCGAUCUCCAAACUUAUGAAUCCUCAGCUAUUGCAAUUCCACCACCGCCUGGAGUUGUUGAUUCUACGGCGGCUGUGAUUGCGACGACAUCAUAUGUGACUGUGGAUACGACGCCGUAUUAUACUUUAGAUAUGAAUGCUCAGCAGAACUCGGCUUGGCCUGAUCUUAUAGAGCAGUCUCAUAGCAUAUACCCGCCUGAUUUCUCUUGGACCGGCCACAUAGUUCAAGCUCAACUUCCUGGAACGAAGAAGGGAAAGGUUGUUCGCUCUGCUCACUGUGAAGUUUGUAAGGUUGACUGUAAUGGUCUGUUUACUGUCGUCUAACAAGGGUUCCUCUUUGUCUGGACCAACCGUUACAGCCCCUUUAAUAGGACCACAAGAAAAUCCGUGUACAAGCAAGGCUAGGAAGAGAGGUGCGGAUUCAACAACAGAAGAUCUAGAAUCAAAGAGACGGAGAGUCGUGGAAUGCGGGGUGUCAAAUGAGUCAAUUAGAUUGUGUAGAAUAUGCAACGUAGUUUGUAAUAGCGACAUUGUUUACAACGAUCAUUUAGCCGGUCAGAAGCACGCCGCUAAGGCAGCGAAGGCCCUUGUAAAUUACAUUGACUCGUGAAUCUUAUUUCUUACGUUC